AUGGAUUUUGCUACUCUGAUGGCCAAGGAAAUAUCCAAGGCCAAGUCACCUCAAACCUCCACCCCUUCCUCGGGCUCCGGAAAACAGUACGUGAAACGGUCGGAACUCGAAGCCGCUAGAUUGGCCGCAUACAACGCUGAACAAGAGAAGCUACGCAAAGAACGUGAACAACGUGCUGAGCUGAAGCGUAAGUUGGAUGAGGCGGAGGAGCACAAGACAAGAGAGAGGGAAGAGAAGAGACGACGAUUGGCGGAGGAAUCAAGGCGGAAGAGAGAAGCAGAAGCGGAAGCCAAGGAGAGAGCGCGGCGGAGGAGAUUGGGCCUGCCUGAAAUACCCGAAGGGAGUCCAACUGAUUCGAAAAAUAUAACACCUUUGGAAGACCACGAGAGAGACCCCAAUGAAAAUGAGGUAAUCGACAAGCUGAGAGCUGCAGGAGAGCCUGCACGGCUCUUUGGAGAAGGUCACAAAGCUCGUGUAAAGCGCUAUCGACGACUUGUUCAACGAUCUCUCACUCCCCAACCUCAGGCUUCAGAAGGCCCAAUCCCCACGACCCUUGUUCUUGUUCCCGAGGCGGAAAUGAAAGUUCCGUCUAAACUGCCAAAAGAUGACGAAGGUCGCAAAUUCGUCUUCCGACAACUGGCAUCUUACUUCACAAUGAUUCUAAAGGAAUGGGAAAUUGCCUUGGCGAAAAGAGAUGCAGCUGUCAAACAGAGCUACCAGGGUAAGCAAGCUUAUAAUGCCAUGGUGCAGUCCCGAGAGAACAUGCGACCACUAUUCAGGAAGUUCGAGAAGGGGGAUUUGGAGGAGAGCAUACUUGAACCAGUGGUGGAAAUUGUACGCAAUGCGCAGGACAGACGCUAUGUCGACGCAAAUGAUGGCUAUCUUCGACUUAGCAUUGGAAAGGCGGCUUGGCCUAUUGGUGUUACUAUGGUUGGUAUUCACGAGAGAUCCGCUCGAGAGAAACUCCAUGAGAGCGACAAGGGACAGGCACAUAUCAUGAGUGACGAAAUCACGCGAAAGUUCCUACAGAGCAUCAAGAGAUGCCUCACUUUUCGCCCAGGUCCGUUGGCCGCCAAAUGA